CCUGGGAAGCAGGAGUCGGGGGGCGGGGGGACCCGGUUCUCCCAGCGAAUGAGCCGCGGGCGGCGGAGCCGGACGUUCGGGAAGGUUCAGCCGCCUCUGCUGCGCCAGCCCGGCCCGCGCCGCGCAACUUUCCAUCCCGGCCCAGACGCGGCUACCAAGUGCGGAGUUCCUGGCACUUUGCGGAGAGGUCUCUUGCUCCCUGCCCGGACACGGACUGUGCUCUCUCAGGCUGACCUGUCCGAGCCCUAAUAUCUGCACCAUGCACGCGGCCAGGACCCCCGGGAUCGCCUCCCACGCCGGCGGGGUGGCCAGCCCCACCAGUUUUCAGCAGAUCCCAACGCUGCCGCCCCGCCUGGUGUUGCUGCUGCUGCUGCUUCUCCUGUCACUGGUAAGCUGCGUCCUGGCACAGCCCGCUGCCCCUGGCCCGGCGUUGCUGUCCCCGGAUCUCGCGGGGGCUGCAGGGGUCCCCGCCGAGGAGGCCAUCGUGCUGGCAAACCGUGGGCUCCGGGUGCCCUUCGGCCGUGAGGUCUGGCUGGAUCCGCUGCAGGACCUGGUGCUGCAGGUGCAGCCGGGGGACCGCUGCGCGGUGACCGUGCUAGACAACGACGCGCUGGCCCAGCGGCCCGGACGCUUGAGUCCCAAGCGCUUCCCGUGCGACUUCGGCCCGGGAGAGGUGCGCUACUCGCACCUGGGCGCGCGCAGCCCGUCGCGGGAUCGCAUUCGGCUGCAGUUGCGCUACGACGCGCCGGGAGGGGCCGCAGUGCUACCCUUGGUGCUGGAGGUGGAGGUGGUCUUCACCCAGCUGGAGGUGGUGACUCGGAACCUGCCCCUAGUCGUGGAGGAGCUGCUGGGGACCAGCAACGCCCUGGACGCGCGGAGCCUGGAGUUCGCCUACCAGCCGGAGACCGAGGAGUGUCGCGUGGGCAUCCUGUCCGGCUUGAGCGCGCUGCCUCGCUAUGGGGAGCUCCUCCACUACCCACAGGUCCCGGGUCCAGCCAGCGAGGGGGGCGCCCCGGAGCCUCUCCUGAUGGACUGCAAAGCUUUCCAGGAGCUGGGGGUGCGCUACCGUCACACAGCCCCCAGUCGGUCACCGAACAGGGACUGGGUGCCCAUGGUGGUGGAGCUGCGCUCUCGGGGUUCCCCUGUGGGCAGACCCCCUUUGAAACGUGAGCACUUCCAGGUGCUGGUGAGAAUCCGAGGAGGGGCGGAGAACACCGCACCCAGGCCCAGUUUCGUGGCCAUGAUGAUGAUGGAGGUGGACCAGUUUGUACUGACGGCUCUGACCCCAGACAUGCUGGCAGCCGAGGAUGCCGAGUCGCCCCCUGACCUGUUGAUCUUCAACCUCACCUCUCCCUUCCAGCCUGGCCAGGGCUACCUAGUGAGUACUGAUGACCGCAGCCUGCCCCUCUCCUCCUUUACUCAGAGGGAUCUGCGGCUCCUGAAGAUUGCCUACCAGCCCCCCUCUGAGGACUCUGACCAGGAGCGUCUCUUUGAACUGGAGUUGGAAGCAGUGGACCCGGAAGGAGCAGCCUCAGACCCUUUUGCCUUCAUGGUAGUGGUGAAGCCCAUGAACACACUGGCUCCCGUGGUCACCCGGAACACUGGUCUCAUUCUCUAUGAGGGCCAGUCUCGGCCCCUGACGGGCCCUGCAGGCAGUGGACCGCAGAACUUGGUCGUCAGCGAUGAGGAUGACCUAGAGGCAGUGCAGCUAGAGGUGGUGGCUGGGCUCCGCCACGGUCACCUUGUCCUUCUGGGCGCCACCGAUGGCAACUCUGCCCCUAAGACCUUCACGGUGGCCGAGCUGGCCGCCGGCCAGGUGGUCUACCAUCACGAUGACAGAGAUGGCUCACUGAGUGACAACCUUGUACUUCGAAUGGUGGACGGAGGACGCAGGCACCAGGUGCAGUUCUUGUUCCCCAUCACCUUGGUGCCUGUGGAUGACCAGCCGCCAGUCCUCAAUGCUAACACGGGGCUGACGCUGGCGGAGGGUGAAACGGCGCCCAUCCUUCCCCUGGCCCUGAGUGCAACGGACAUCGACUCAGAUGACCCUCUGCUGCUUUUUGUGCUGGAGUCGCCUUCCUCGACCAUAGGGCAUCUGCUUCUCCGCCAAACCCAUCCUCCCCGCGAGGAAGAGGAGCUGAGCAGGGGCCCUUGGAGGAAACAGGGAGCCUUCUAUGAGCAAACGGUGACGGAGUGGAGGCAGCGGGACAUAACAGAGGGGAGGCUGUUCUACAGGCACUCCGGGCCCCAUAGUCCUGGGCCAGUGAUGGACCAGUUCACAUUCCGGGUCCAGGAUAACCAUGACCCCCCUAAUCAGUCUGGACCACACAGGUUUGUGAUUCGCAUCCAUCCUGUGGAUCGCCUCCCUCCGGAGCUGGGCAGCGGCUGUCCCCUUCGGAUGGUGGUGCAAGAAUCCCAGCUCACGCCGCUGAGGAAAAAGUGGCUGCGCUACACUGACCUGGACACAGAUGACCGAGAGCUGCGCUACACCGUGACCCAGCCCCCCACGGACACAGAUGAAAACCACUCACCAGCCCCCCUGGGCACCUUGGUCCUGACCGACAACCCCUCAGUCGUGGUGGCCCAUUUUACCCAAGCCCAGAUCAACCACCAUAAAAUUGCCUACAGACCUCCGGAUCGAGAACUGGGAGUGGCUGCCCGAGUGGCCCAGUUUCAAUUCCAGGUGGAGGACCAAGCUGGGAAUGUGGCUCCAGGCACCUUCACCCUUUACUUGCAGCCCGUGGACAACCAGCCGCCUGAGAUCCUCAACACCGGUUUCACCGUUCAGGUGAAGGGCCACCACAUCCUGAGUGAGACUGAGUUAUGUGUGAAUGAUGUAGACACCGAUGUAGCCCACAUCUCUUUCACUCUCACACGGGCACCCGAACAUGGCCACAUGAGAGUGUCUGGACAGAUACUGCAUGUGGGGGAGGUCUUCCACUUGGAAGAUAUAAAACAGGGUCGGAUUUCCUAUGUCCAUAAUGGGGACGGGUCCCUGACUGACAGCUGCUCCUUGGAGGUCAGCGACAGACACCACGUGGUGCCCAUCACUCUCAGAGUGAAUGUCCGGCCCGCGGGUGAUGAGGUGCCCAUGCUGAGCCUUCCUGCUGGUACUCUGGGGUCAUAUCUAGACGUUUUAGAAAAUGGAGCUGCUGAACUCACUGCCAGUGUUAUCAAGGGGACUGAUGGGGACACUGAUGAUUUGAUGUUGACUUUCCUCUUGGAAGACCCACCCUUGUAUGGAGAAAUCCUGGUCAACGGAGUUCCGGCGGAGCAGUUUACCCAAAGGGACAUCUUAGAGGGCUCUGUCGUCUAUGCCCACACAAGCGGUGAGAUAGGCCUGUUGCCCAAAGGGGACUCUUUUAACCUGAGUCUGUCAGAUAUGUCUCAAGAAUGGGUAAUAGGUGGCAGUACUAUCCAAGGGGUUACUGUGUGGGUGACCAUCCUCCCUGUCGAUAGCCAAGCUCCAGAAAUUUCUGUAGGUGAACGGUUUCUAGUCAUGGAAGGUGACAAAAGUGUUAUAACCUCAACACAUAUAAGUGCUGAAGAUAUUGAUUCCCUCAAUGAUGACAUCUUGUGCACUAUAGUUAUUCAGCCUACCUCCGGUUAUGUUGAAAACAUUUCUCCAGCACCAGGCUCUGAGAAAUCAAGAGCAGGAAUUGCCAUAAGUGCCUUUACCCUGAAAGACCUCAGGCAGAGUCAUAUUAAUUAUGUCCAGAGUGUCCACAAAGGGGUAGAACCUGUGGAAGACCGCUUUAUAUUUCGUUGCUCUGAUGGCAUUAACUUUUCAGAGAGACAUUUUUUUCCCAUUAUAAUCAUUCCCGCCAAUGACGAACAGCCAGAAAUAUUUAUGAGAGAAUUUAUGGUGAUGGAAGGCAUGAGUCUGGUGAUUGAUACACCCAUCCUCAAUGCUGCUGAUGCUGACAUUCCCCCGGAUGAUCUAACUUUCACCAUUACCCAAUUUCCCACUCGUGGUCACAUCAUGAAUCAGCUGAUAAAUGGCACAGUGUUGGUUGAAAGCUUCACCUUGGACCAGAUCAUAGAGAGUUCAAGCAUUAUUUACGAGCAUGAUGAUUCUGAGACCCAGGAGGACAGUUUUGUGAUUAAACUAACAGACGGUAAGCACUCGGUGGAAAGGAUGGUCCUCAUUAUGGUUAUCCCAGUUGAUGAUGAGACCCCCAGAAUGACCAUCAAUAAUGGUCUAGAAAUAGAAAUUGGGGAAACCAAAAUUAUCAACAACAAAAUAUUGAUGGCAACUGAUUUAGAUUCUGAAGACAAAUCUUUGGUUUAUAUUAUUCGUUAUGGGCCGGGACAUGGCUUAUUACAGAGACAAAAACCUGCAGGUGCCUUUGAAAAUAUCACAGUGGGCAUGAAUUUUACCCAGGAUGAAGUGGACAGAAACUUAAUUCAGUAUGUCCAUUUUGGACAAGAGGGCAUUCGGGACCUAAUUAAAUUUGAUGUGACCGAUGGAAUAAAUGCACUUAUAGAUCGCUACUUUUAUGUUUCUGUUGGGAGCGUUGACAUUGUCUUCCCGGAUGUGAUAAGCAAGGGAGUAUCCCUGAAAGAAGGUGGUAAAGUCACCCUCACAACAGACUUAUUAAGUACCAGUGACUUGAACAGUCCUGAUGAAAACUUAGUUUUUACCAUCACCAGGGCUCCCAUGAGAGGUCACUUAGAGUGCACAGAUCAACCUGGAGCAUCCAUCACAUCGUUCUCUCAGCUCCAACUGGCUGGCAACAAAAUCUACUACAUCCACACAGCUGACGAUGAGGUCAAGAUGGACAGUUUUGAGUUUCAAGUCACUGAUGGACAUAACCCUGUCUUCCGGACAUUCCGUAUCUCCAUUAGCGAUGUGGACAACAAAAAGCCAGUGGUCACCAUCCAUAACCUGGUUGUCAGUGAGGGUGAAAACAAGCUGAUCACUCCCUUUGAACUCACUGUCGAAGAUCAAGAUACUCCAGACAAACUCCUGAAGUUCACUGUCACACAGGUGCCUGUUCAUGGUCAACUCCUAUUCAACAAUACCAGACCUGCCAUGGUUUUUACCAAGCAAGACCUGAAUGAAAACUUAAUCAGCUACAGACAUGAUGGCACUGAGUCAAAUGAAGACAGCUUCUCCUUCACAGUGACUGAUGGUUCCCAUACAGAGUUCUAUGUUUUCCCCGAUACAAUAUUUGAAACAAGGAGACCCCAAGUGAUGAAAAUCCAAGUCUUACCUGUUGAUGAUAGCGUCCCCCAAAUUGCAGUGAACAAAGGGGCCUCCACACUUCGCACUCUGGCUACUGGCCACUUGGGAUUCAUGAUCACAAGCAAAAUAUUGAAAGUGGAGGACAGAGACAGCUUGCGUUUUUCUCUCAGGUUUAUUGUGACGGAGGCCCCUCAACAUGGGUAUCUCCUCAACCUGGACAGAGGCAACCACAGUGUCUCUCAGUUUACACAAGCUGACAUCGAAGACAUGAAAAUAUGCUACGUUUUAAAAGAUGGGGCCAAUGCCACAAGUGAUAUGUUCCAUUUUACAGUUGAAGAUGGUGGCGGAAACAAAUUAACCAAACAGCAUUUUCGUCUGAAUUGGGCAUGGAUCUCGUUUGAAAAGGAAUAUUACCUGAUCAAUGAGGAUUCCAAAUUUCUAGAUGUCGUUCUUAAACGCAGAGGUUACUUGGGAGAGACUUCAUUUAUAAGUAUCGGCACAAGAGAUGGGACUGCAGAAAAAGACAAAGACUUCAAGGGCAAAGCACAGAAACAAGUGCAGUUCAACCCAGGCCAGACCAGGGCCACCUGGAGAGUGCGGAUCAUGAGCGAUGGAGAACACGAGCAGUCGGAGACCUUCCAGGUGGUUCUCUCAGAGCCUGUGCUGGCUGCUCUGGAAUUCCCUGCGGUGACCACGGUGGAGAUUGUUGACCCUGGAGAUGAGUCGACUGUAUUUAUUCCCCAGUCGGAAUACUCCGUUGAAGAAGAUGUGGGUGAGCUGUUCAUUCCCAUCCGAAGAAGUGGAGACGUGAGCCAGGAAUUGAUGGUGGUCUGUUAUACGCAACAAGGUACGGCAGACGGAACUGUGCCGACGUCGGUGCUGUCCUACUCAGAUUACAUAUCCAGACCCGAAGACCACACCAGCGUCAUCCACUUUGACAGACAUGAGCGUGAAAAAACGUGUCGCAUCGUUGUUAUUGACGACUCCCUGUAUGAAGAGGAGGAAACAUUCCAUGUCCUUCUGAGCGUGCCCAUGGGCGGGAGGAUUGGAUCAGAAUACCCAAGGGCUCGGGUUACAAUCGUCCCUGACAAAGAUGAUGAACCCGUCUUCUAUUUCGGCGAUGUCGAGUACUCCGUGGACGAGAGCGCCGGCUACGUGGAAGUGCGGGUGUGGAGGACGGGCACAGACCUGUCCAAGCCUUCCAGUGUCACCGUGAGGUCUCGGAAAACAGAUCCCCCCUCUGCUGAUGCUGGAACCGACUAUGUGGGAAUCAGCCGUAAUUUAGAUUUUGCACCUGGAGUCAACAUGCAGACUGUUCGUGUUACCAUCCUGGACGAUCUCGGGCAACCAGUGCUGGAAGGAAUUGAGAAAUUUGAACUGGUGCUUCGUAUGCCAAUGAACGCUGCCCUUGGCGAGCCCAGCAAAGCCACAGUGUCCAUAAAUGAUUCUGUCUCAGAUUUGCCUAAGAUGCAAUUCAAAGAACGGGUGUAUAUUGGCAAUGAAAAUGAUGGGCAGAUAGUCGCAAUGAUCCACAGGAAUGGAGACAUUCACUACAGGUCUUCAGUGAGAUGCUACACACGCCAGGGGUCUGCACAGGUGAUGGCGGACUUUGAGGAACGUCCAAACACUGAUGGCUCCAUCAUCACGUUCCUCCCUGGUGAGACUGAAAAGCCUUGUGUCCUUGAGCUGAUGGACGACAAACUCUAUGAGGAGGUAGAGGAGCUCCGCCUGGUUCUUGGCACCCCACACAGCAACUCCCCCUUCGGGGCUGCGGUCGGGGAACAAAAUGAAACUCUGAUAAGGAUCCAAGAUGAUGCUGAUAAGGCCAUCAUUAAAUUUGGAGAAACCAAAUUUAGUGUCAGUGAACCCAAAGAACCAGGACAGUCGGUGGUUAUAAAAAUUCCAGUGAUUCGCCAAGGAGAUACUUCGAAGGUUUCCAUCGUGAGAGUCCACACCAAGGAUGGAUCAGCCACUUCUGGAGAAGACUAUCACCCUGUGUCAGAAGAAAUUGAGUUUAAGGAGGGAGAAACGCAGCAUCUUGUUAACAUUGAAGUAAUCUUCGAUGGGAUCAGAGAAAUGAGAGAGGCCUUCACUGUUCACCUAAAACCCGAUGAGAACAUGAUUGCAGAGACUCAGGUCACCAAAGCCAUUGUGUAUAUAGAAGAAAUGAACAGCAUGGCAGACGUCACUUUUCCUUCUGUUCCUCAAAUUGUGUCGUUACUGAUGUAUGAUGACACUUCCAGAGCUAAAGAUAGUGCUGGACCUGUGUCUGGCUAUCCCAUCGUCUGUAUCACAGCUUGCAACCCUAAAUACUCAGACUAUGACAAAACAGGCUCCAUUUGUGCAAGUGAGAACAUCAACGACACCUUGACCCGGUACCGAUGGCUGACUAGCGCUCCCGCUGGCCCUGAUGGCGUGACCAGCCCCAUGAGAGAAGUGGACUUUGACACCUUCUUUACGUCAUCCAAGAUGAUCACCUUAGACUCCGUAUACUUUCAGCCUGGCUCUCGGGUGCAGUGUGCGGCUCGUGCUGUGAAUGCCGAUGGCAAUGAGGGCCUGGAGCUGAUGAGCCCUGUCGUAACCAUCAGCAGAGAAGAAGGUCUUUGUCAGCCCCGAGUACCAGGGACGGUGGGAGCAGAACCAUUCUCCGCUAAACUGCGCUACACGGGCCCCGAGGACCCAGAGUACACAAACCUUAUCAAGCUCACUGUCACGAUGCCACACGUAGACGGCAUGCUCCCUGUGAUCUCCACUAAAGAGCUUUCCAACUUCGAGCUCACCCUCAGUCCUGACGGCUCAAGAGUUGGAAACCACCAGUGCUCCAAUCUUCUGGACUAUACUGAGGUGAAGACCCACCAUGGUUUCUUGACUGAUGCUACAAAAAAUCCAGAAAUAAUUGGAGAGACGCAUCCUUACCAGUACAGCUCGUCUAUCAGAGGUUCCAGUACCUUACGCUUCUAUCGAAACCUGAACCUGGAGGCCUGCUUAUGGGAGUUUGUUAGCUACUAUGACAUGUCAGAACUUCUGACUGACUGUGGAGGCACCAUCGGGACGGAUGGACAGGUCCUAAAUCUAGUACAGUCCUAUGUGACCCUUCGAGUGCCUCUGUAUGUUUCCUACGUGUUCCAUUCUCCUGUUGGGGUAGGAGGCUGGCAACAUUUUGACUUGAAGUCAGAGCUCCGUCUGACUUUUGUGUAUGACACUGCCAUCUUGUGGAAUGAUGGAAUCGGCAGCCCACCAGAAGCGGAACUCCAAGGUUCUCUCUAUCCCACCAGCAUGCGCAUCGGCGAAGAGGGGCGCUUGGUCGUGAACUUCAAGACGGAGGCUCAGUUCCACGGCUUGUUUGUACUCUCCCAUCCGGCAUCCUUCACGAGCUCAAUGAUCAUGUCGGCUGACCAUCCAGGCCUGACCUUUUCGCUGCGCCUCAUAAGGAGUGAACCCACCUAUAACCAGCCAGUACAGCAAUGGAGCUUUGUCUCUGACUUUGCCGUGCGUGACUAUUCGGGGACCUACACCGUAAAGCUGCUGCCAUGCACCAUUCCAUCGAAUCAAGAGUACCGCCUGCCAGUCACCUGCAACCCCAGAGAGCCUGUCGCCUUUGACCUUGACAUACGGUUCCAACAGGUCAGCGACCCGGUAGCAGCUGAGUUUAGCUUGAACACCCAAAUGUACCUACUCUCCAAGAAGAGUCUCUGGUUGUCUGAUGGAUCCAUGGGAUUUGGGCAAGAGAGUGAUGUCGCCUUUGCAGAAGGUGAUAUAAUUUAUGGUCGAGUCAUGGUAGAUCCUGUCCAGAAUCUAGGUGAUUCCUUUUACUGCAGCAUUGAGAAGGUGUUCCUGUGCACUGGAGCUGAUGGCUAUGUUCCCAAAUAUAGUCCCACGAAUGCAGAAUAUGGCUGCUUAGCUGAUUCUCCUUCGCUCCUGUAUAGAUUUAAAAUUGUGGACAAAGCUCAGCCAGAGACACAAGCCACCAGUUUUGGAAAUGUCCUGUUUAAUGCCAGACUAGCAGUGGAUGACCCUGAAGCUGUUCUCUUAGUGAAUCAGCCUGGAUCCGAUGGGUUUAAAGUCGACUCAACAGCACUCUUUCAGGUGGCUCUGGGCCGAGAGUGGUACAUACACACCAUCUACACAGUAAGAUCGAGAGACAGCGCCAAUCGAGGUAUUGGCAAAAGAAGCGUGGAGUACCAGCACCACUCUUUGGUGAGUUCAGGGAAGCCCCGGGCAGGUACCAAAGGCCGGAAGAAGAGGGAGAUGAGGAGCCCACCCCCGCUGGCCUGGGAAAUAGGUGCUGAAAACAACCGGGGAACAAACAUCCAGCACGUCGCCCUGGACCGCACCAGCAAGAAGCAGAUCCCCCGAGGGAGAGUUCCUCCUGACGGCGUCCUCCCCUGGGAGCUCAACCCUCCCAGCUCUGAGGUCAGCCUGGUCACGGUGGUGGGAGGCAUCGCCGUGGGGUUACUCACCCUCUGCCUUGCCGCCAUCACAGUGACGAUGUGCCAGAGCAAGAAGGGCGCCCGGAGAAAGGACGCCCUGAAGGGCUCGGGCAGCAGCAAGCCCAUGAUGCCCCCACAGAGCCACCACAACGACAGCUCAGAGGUUUGAUGACCGCAGGUGGAUUCAGCCUUUUCCUCAAGUGCCUCGGAAAGACGAUAGAAACCCAAAUGCUUCCGUCAACAGCAGAGCUUUGGGGACUUCUGCUACGAAGCUGCUCAGAGGACCUGACCGGACUACUGAACUUGGAUUUGAAUUCUGUCUACUCUUUCAUGCGUCACAGAACAAAUUCAGACCACAGACCGCAUCUUUCUUCUUGCCCAAAAGGCAUCCUACGCAGAGCCAGCGAUGGACCGCCAGGGAUGUACUUCACAUUUAGGCAUUUUCUCCACACAGCGGAGACAAAUCUAUUCAGAGGUGCUACAGACUCCGUCAGAAGUUUAAGAGGAGUCUAUUGUUGCUAUGUUAGUCUGAACCUUGAAGGUGCAAUUAUCACAUCAUUUAUUCACUGCCUAACAGUGUAUUACUAGGACGGUUUAAUUGCGAGUCUGAAAGGAUGAUAAACACACUGUUUAUUAUGACAAGUUUUCUAACAGGCGAAGACGGCACAGAAGUAUGACCAGGGAUAGCUCAACCCAUAAUUCACCUCUUCUGCUACAUGGGAGGGAAUGGAAGGAAAGAGAGAGGGAAGUAACUGACUAGUUUGGAUUUGAAUUAUGGUGUCCUUGUUUUAUUUGCUUAUUUAAUUUUAAAUUAAACCAAAGAAUGUGUUCCAUCUGGAAGAGAUUGUUGAAGAAAGACUUUGCUGUUCUAUAGUGAGAAGUAGUCGAGUUCUUGCAUGGUAGGAUACCUAAUUGGUGCUCAGCAUUUGCGGGAAAUGAGAGGGUUGGUGGCGUUUGGAUGAUGAAGAAAUGCUAUAGCGUUAGAUUUGCAUUUGUAAGACAAUGUUCUCUAAGAACUGAGCCUAGAUAUUUGCAGUAUUGAACCCACAGAUGAUAAUGAAAAAUAUCAUUACAGGUGGUGGAGGGAGAAAGUGAUAUUUAUUAGCAUAACGUGUUUAACCAAAGUGCCUCUAUACACAUUUUAUAGAACAUUUUGCCAGAUGACACCUGAGGUUAACCCUCAGAGUAGCACAAUCACAUAACAAUGUCCAGAACUCGAACUGGCCAUAGGACAUUUCAUUAACUUGCUAAUCAGCAUCUGCCCUAAGCCAGGGGACUCUCUGCCGCUGUCAUUCCAGAGGUGGUCUUGGAGGUGCCUUCUUCUUCUUUGAUCCAGGAGGAGAGUAGCAUUCUGUGACAUCUGCAAUUUAGGGAGCUGAUGCAGUGCGAUCCCUGAGUAUCUGAAAAUGUAAUGCUUGACACCGCUUACAGUGUUAAAAACCAAGAAACAUAGGGAGCUUCCUUGGCAAGGCUCCUGUCGCCUUUCUGGAAAAAAAAAAAAUGUGCUUUUACCAAAUGGCAGAGAUUUCGGUUGGAAAGGGAAGGAAAAUGUCAGUGGUCUCAUGACCAAUCUUCCAAAAGCUAGUAAAUGUAUUUCAAGCAAAAAGAAGGUCGGGAGAAAAAGAACCGUGCCUAAAGACUAACCAACCCUCAAAUGUCGCCUGGAAUCCCCUUUCACUUGCAUCCAUAGCCUGGCCACACUGGACAUCUAGUGGAAUGGAUCUUACCUGGUGUCUGUGAGCACCAACCAUCUCUUUAUUGGAAAGAAAAAAAAAGAAUCUACACUGGUGCUGAGAGAGAGAGGUGAAAAGUGUCUGAUACUCGCCUCUCUUCUUUUGGGCAGCUCUGCACUUGACAUUCAAAGUCUUUCAAAGAACAUGGUGGACCGUAGUCCCCUUCCAUUGGGGAAUUUACAAAUAUCACCUCUUACUCAAAGGUGUCCCCCCACCCUGGGACUUACAUAAAGUACUGGAUGGCCCAGGAGUUCAGUUGUCAAAUAAACAUCAGUGCUUUCUUAAUUGUCCCCUUUCCCUUUGCUUCGCAUUCUGGCAGAUGCUUGGCUACUUCUUCAGUUAUCUCGUAACUAGUAUAGGCAUAAGCAUGAAUGACGCAGCUCCAAAUGUGUGGACUUCUCAUGACUUAGCAUGGGGUUCAAUUCACUUAGAUAGCGAGAGCAGGUACCCUCAAUUGACCUUAUGCUACUUCGGUAGCUUGGGUGCUUCAGAGCCUACCGUGCGGUCUUGGGCGUCUCUGUCACUGAGUGUAGUAAUUAGCGAAGCAUCGUUACAACAUGUCUGUUUUGAGCCUUUGGGCCACACUGGCUUUGUACCAAACUUCACUCCGCAAUUAGUUUUUCUAGUGAGAUUGCCAUAUAUAAAUUGGAGAGUUUAUAAAAUACAGAACAUGUCCAUCCUUUCCUAAUAAAGAAGUUUCUUCCUCUCCACCCAUUUCCUUCUCUCUUUCUCUCCCUUUCUGUCUUCUUCUUUUCCUUCCUCCCCUUGAAAACAGAGAGUCUGUGGGAAGUAGGCAGAUACAGCUUUCUCAAGUAUAAAGUGUUUGGAUUUCGGCAUUAUUUCUUUUGUAUCUAUUCACUUAAUAUGUGAUUUAAUAUACAUUAAUCAUAAAAACUCUUUUUAGUGGAAGAAAGAAUCAGGCAAAAUGCUUUAUUGUUCAAUAAAGCAGACCCUUUUUUUCAAUAUGUUGUUUUUAGAGAAUUAUGCUGGUAUUAUCAGAUCCAAUUACAUAAAAUAACUUCCCAUAGACAACAGGAUGUAGCUAUAAUAGCUCCUUAUAUGCUCAGUAGCUUCUGACCCUAAUUAAAACAAGAUUUUCUUGAUGUUGCAUAGUAAACCCAAAACACAAAUAUAUAUAUAUAUAUAUAUAGAGAGAGAGAGAGAGAGAGCCUUAGUAGCUCCCCUAGCAUAUGAACUAUGAAG